AUGCCAAAGGCUUAUUCUCCAAAUAAAACAUUGUCAAAGAAUAUUUUAUGGAAAAAUCAAAACAUUUCAUUGAUUGAAGAAGUAAUAAAAUUCCAUGAAGAUGACACUAGAGAAAUUACGGAUUUGGACACUACGUACCAAUUUUUUAAAUAUUUAUGGACGGAAGAGAUCAUAAGUAACAUUUAUGAAGACAGCAAACGAUAUGCUAUUCAAAAGAAUCCAAGUAAGCCUUUGACUAUAUCAGAGAAUGAAAUAAAUCAAUAUUUGGGUAUUUGCAUUUAUGCAUCUCUAGUUCACCUGCCAAACUAUAGAGCAUACUGGUCAGAAGAGCUUGGAUUUGAUCGAAUUAAAGAAACAAUGAUAUCAGGUUUUGCCUAUAAAUUAGAGUUAUAUUCAGACCAACAAAAUAAUGAAAAGUAUAGGCUGAAUGGUGAACUAGAUUUAGAUGCUAGUGCAAAUGUCGUAAUACGAUUAGCAAGAAUUAUACGUCGUAAUAAAAAUUACACACUCUACUUUGAUAAUUGUUAUAUUUCUAUUCCACUUUUAGCAUAA